GUCAUAAUCGGCCUCUGAGACUUCAUCCCUGGAAAGCGCUGUUAAUGCACAGUUCUUGAAAAUGUGAAAAUCCGUGAUCAAAGAGCAGGCCUGUCCGUCAGCGGCGAGAGGCCCCGCCCGCCCCGCGCCCGGCGCAGUAUAUGAGCUCAGGUGAGGGGGUGCCGCGCCGCUGUCGGAGCGCUGACACCGGGAAGACCAGGAUGCCUGCCUCGCAAACGGGAUUCGGCGAUUUAUUCCUCGGGAAGAACCUCCGCUUGCCGCCUGGGAAUCAGACCGUGAUGGUCCCCCCGCCGCCUGCCUUCCCUGCCCUCGCGGCGGCGCCCCUGUUUUUCCCCGGGGUGCAGGACUGCGGUUUCGUCCCUUACCCUCACCUGAGGCACGGAGCGCACAGGAGCUGUUUUGACCCCAAAGCCGUGUCUUUGUACCACGGGGCUCUGCUUAGCCGCGCCGGGGCCCUGUACUCGACCUACCGCCCCCUGGCGGCCGAAGACCCCAGGGCCGGCAAGGCGGCCACCCGCGAGAGCACCGGCGCGCUCAAGGCCUGGCUGAACGAGCACCUGAAGAACCCGUACCCCACCAAGGGCGAGAAGGUCAUGCUGGCCAUCGUCACCAAGAUGAGCCUGACGCAGGUGUCCACCUGGUUCGCCAACGCGCGCCGGCGCCUGAAGAAAGAGAACAGGAUGAGCUGGGGCUCCAAGGGCCGGUCCGAGGAGGAGGAGGAGGAGGAAGAGGAGGACAGUGAGGGAGAGGAAGGGCUCGGGCCGAAGGGCCCGUGUUCGGGGGACGAGCAGGAGGACCCCCGGGCCGUGAAGGAUGCAGAAGCGGACGCCGGGGGGCUACCGGGCUCGGAGCGAGUGCCCCCGGCCCCGGGUACCGAGAGCGACACGGAGGCGGUCUGUGCGCGGUCCGGUUUGGGCUGCACGGAGAACGAGCCCAAAGCCCAGAAGUCCAAGAUAUGGUCGCUGGCGGAAACGGCGACCUCGGGCGGCGGGCAUCGAGCCCGCUCGACAAGCUGCGGCCCGGACACGGGCGCCUUGUGGCCGGACUGGGCUCUGAGGAACGGACAGUAUUCCCCAGUCUACUACCCGGCACAGUACAUCUUCAAGCACGGCCCAGCCAGCGGCUUGAACUGUCAGUGAGCGGGGUCCCCGGGCGCGCUGCGACUUGGUCUUUAAACCUCAUAGGUUUCAUCUUUUUUUUUUAAGUCUCGUGUUCCAGCAGACAAUCACGCGGAUAAGACGUAUAUUUUCUUCUUUGUACAUCCUGUAAAUUAUUAUUUUUUACAUAUGAACUGUACAUAAGGUAUUUUGUUAAAUAAAAAUGCAUACGCAAUCUGCAGCUUGGCGCGAUGUGUUGAGGUUCUUGUGUGCUGAAUAGGGUAACGAUCCCGCCGGGCUACAGGUGUGAGUCAAGACCGUCUGCCUGAUGACUUCGCUUUGCCGCCUGUCUCGCUUCUACAAGCCCGAGCAGAAGAGAGAGACUCCAUGUAAGCAGACGCACUUCGUGAGACGGAAAAUAAUUCUGUUUAAACACGCAUCUGUUGACGGAAACCUUGCUGUUUUGUGGAUUGUGUAAAGGCCGGUUGAUUUAACUUCGAAAACCAUGUCAACACCGGUUAAAUUACAUUUGUGUGUUAACUUAAAAAAGUCCAUCAUGAACGACUGUACAGCCCGAUGCUGAAACAUCAACACAUUCUUUAAUUUGCUUUGUGGGUCGGUCGCUUCUAUGGCGGCUGAAAAGUACAGUAAGUCCAGAAGAUCGCUUUCAUCCACUGUGGAUACAACUCAGUGGGGUCUUUGACAUAAGGCGGCUCCACGGUUUUCUAAUUCGAUCCCGCUAAAUACGUUUGGAGCGGGAACAUCUUGUGCCGUUUGACUGUUUUUAAGAGAGGCUCGAUAAUAUACAGCAAACGUUCACAGUCGCCACUCGAUUAAGUUUAUUUCCUUUAAAAUUGA